AUCACUCGAAAUUCACUCGACAUGGGGAAGUUACAGGUAUUUGAAGUUCUCCUGGCUGGCAACCAAGAAGUCUAUAAGCCAGGAGAUGUUGUACAAGGAGAAGCAAGGAUAGUUGUAUCAGAAGAUAAGGGAGAUAUUCGUGGCAUUCAAAUAAAAUGCGUUGGUAAAUCCUACACACAUUGGACAGAGUCCGAGGUGAGUGGAGACAGCCAGAGUAGUGUGGACUACACCACCAAUUACGAAUACUUCAAACAGGAGAUCACUCUGCAAGGUGCAGGAGCGGAUAGCACUACUGCAGACCGAAUCAAACUGACUGCCGGGGAGCAUCGCUUUCCCUUCCAGUUCCAGAUCCCAAAUAUUUCUCUGCCUCCGCCGUUUGAAGCUUCUAACGGGUAUGUAAGGUACUACGUCAAGAUAAACAUUGAUCGACCGUGGAAAUUUGACCAUCACACUCAGAAGCUAUUCAGCAUCGGCACUGUAAAGGAUCUGAACUACGAGUUAAACGUAUUGGUUCCUGCUAGUCAGCAAGUUGAGAAGACAGUAUGCUGUCUUUGCUGCGCUUCAGGACCCAUUGUUCUGAAAGGAAUGAUUGACAAGAGGGGGUAUGUACCAGGAGAGUAUAUCUUUGUUUCAUUGGAUCUUCACAACAACAGUUCUAGGAGGAUCAAUUACAUCACUCCAAAACUGCAACAGAGAGGACAUUUCACGGCCAAACGUGAAGGCACCGGUGAAAUUAGCAACGUAAAGACGGUCAAGACAAUGGCUGAACUGAAGCUAGCUGGCUGCGAAGCCAUGGGUUCAGUGAACUACGACAGGGUGAAGAUGUUGAUCCCUCCUAUCCCAUCCUGUGAUUUCGAAAACUGCCCAAACAUUACAUUAGAGUAUUUUGUUGAGAUUGUGGGAGAUGUUUUUGGAACACCUAUGGAUGCUGAAGUGAAGCUUCCAGUCGUGAUUGGCACAAUUCCAGCCUUCCAGCACACCCUAAAGGAUCCUUCUCAAAACCCUGAUGCGGUGCAACCCAUACCAGGCCAGCCUGAGGCACCACCAGGAGGGCAGCCAGGAUUCCCUCCAGAGGGGCAACAGGAAUAUCCUCCACAGGGGCAACAAGGCUACCCCCACCAAGGGAUGGGUCAUCUGGAUACCCCCUACCAGGAGGAGUAUCUGGUGAUGAGGCUGCAGGUUUGUUUCCACCUCCAAAGUAUACAGCUGCUGUUGGAGGGCCUCAGAAGAUUUUAGGCAAAUUUGGUACUUUUGGCAAAAUCUUCUAUGCACCGCAGUACCCUUACUACGAUCCAGACACGCUGUAUGCCUCCAUAGGUAUUCCAUUGGGAGCGACCCAAUCAGCAGAUGGAGGGCAACCACCCCCAACAGUUGUGCAGCCAAUGAGCAUUCAGCAACCACCCAAGCAGACCUAAUCAGCCAAUCAGAAUUCAGCAACCACCCCAACAGACCUAAUCAGCCAAUCAGCAUUCAGCAACCACCCCACCAUACCUAAUCAGCCAAUCAGCAUUCAGCAACCACCCCAGCAGACCUAAUCAGCCAAUCAGAAUUCAGCAACCACCCCAGCAGAUCUAAUCAGCCAAUCACCAUUCAGCAACCACCCAACCAGACAUAAUGAUAUUAAACAGCUUGUGUGCAUUUAGCAACUAUCCUACAAGUCUUUAGUAGACACUGGGCAUUUAGUAACGGCCGUAUAGUACUAAUCAACUCUUGAGCGUUCAGAGACCACCCUUCCAUACUAAACAAGGUAUUUGGUCAUUCAGCAUCAAACCUACAAGUAUUUAAUAGGUAAAGAGCAUAUGUAACAGUCCUACAAUGCCAUUCAGCCGAUGAGAAUUCAGCAAUCCACCCUGAAAUUCGUACCAACCAUCGGAAAUUAUGCAACAGCCCUACAAGUCUGUAGUCCCUGAGCAUUUAGCAAUUAUUGUCCUACAACUCCUGCCCACGCAAUAAGCGUUCGGAAAAGAACAGAAAAAUAAAGCUGAAGUUUUAGGAUAAGUUGUAUAAUACAUUUACAUGUUUUCUUGUAGUAAGAAUUGUUAUGCUGAACUACAGUUUUAAAAGAAAGAUUUUGUUGUUGUCAGCUAGGUAUAGUGACCAUACACUCAUUUAGUUUAAUUCCGUCAAAUGAUGACAAUGUGAGCUUUAAACGAUAUAAUAGCUUUUAUAAUAUAUUAGGGUUAACCAAUGAUACCUAAGAAGCCAUCCAUUCAAUUAUUCACCAAUUUUGAUUGAUAUGACACGAAGAGCUUUCAGAUUUUGUACAUGUACAUUAGGAAUUUGUAAAAUUAGAAAGCUUUUGCCUGCUUUAUGAGUGGUUCCAAUUUCAAAUGUUCGAUUUUUGUUUCUUUUAAUUCUGCAAAGUUUCUUACUGAAAAAGAUGGUCAUUAUUGGCAUUUUUUGAAAAUUGUUGGUUUCCAUUAUUAUUACUGAUGUAAAACAGUAGAAAUGUGUUUGACACCUUAGGUUAGGAACCCUCGGAUAUUGAUGUAUAAUACUUUAUAGAAAAAAGCUAUUGUUAUAAAACCUUGUUAUAACCAUUGGUGAGUUCAAUUCAUCUGAUUGGUAUAUUCUCUGUGCUACAUUCAUGUAUUUAAAUAGUAUAAUUAGCUUACACCUAUUUUAUUUCUAGGUCUCUAUUUGGAAGUUGUAAGAAAGUGGCUAUCAUUUAUUUAGUGCAUUAAUAUAAGUUUUUGCCGUCUUGUUUUAAGUUUGGAAAAGGUAUAUCCAUAAAGGAAAAUAUCAUAAUUAGUAUAUAAUUUAUAUGCAGGAUGUAGUUUUAUAUUGUAUAAAAUAUAUCGAUAUUAAAAUUUUAAGGAGAUUGGA